UCUCCUCUGGGCUCUGGUAAAACCAGAGCAGUUUGUUGUGGCCAGUGGAGGCUGUGGAGGUGAAUGGGCCUGAAGGGAGGCUCUCCAAGGAGGUGCCAAGAAUCAGUCGAGCCUGGGGGAGGCAAAAGGGGGUUAGUCAGGAGACGGGGCCAGAGGAGGUGCCCAGAACAGGAGGAGGCCAUAGGGCACCCUGCUGCCAAAACUUCUCCUAGCCCAUGAUAUCUCCAAGGGAGACCGAAAGGGCUGAAGGGUGAAGAAAGCAAAGGGUGGAGAGGGUCUAGGAGGGACCACAGGGGUUCUGGAGAAGUCCAGCGGCCACUUUGCCUUUCCCCUCUGGGUUACACCCAUAUAAACCCCACCUGCCCAGCCUGGAGUCCUUCCCAACUUUUCCUGCUGUGGCCAACUGUGGCAGAGGUUGCACACACAGAGGGGGCAGAACAUGCUGCCUGCAGCUCACAGGAGGACAGAGAGCUACAGACGCUGCAGCCCUCAGAGCAGGACCACUGGACAAGCUGCCACAUGUCCCACACAACUCCAGUGCCACAAUCCAUCCAUUCCCUGCUCCCACAUCACCUGGAGAUGUGACUUCCCCUGUUUAAUCAGACCUACAUUAUAGCCAAAGGGAGCUCUGUCUACAUCCCUGGCCAGCCCAGUCAAGAUGCAGCUGAGGUUGGAGGUCUGGCUCCAGGGGGGGUGGGAGGGAGCAGCGAUGUGGAGUAAGGAUGUUCCAUUGCUCCAGUGUGGGAAUGAGGAAGCCUGGGUGGAUGGGGAUUGAGACCAAUCCUGAAAGGUGCAUCCAGACCUACAGGUUGGAGGUAUUGCUGUCCCUCCUCCAAGGGCCCCCCACUGCAGGCCGGGGGAACAAAACAGCCCCUGAGAAGGCCAAAAGGGAAGCCAAGUUCCUUCCGUCCUAUUCCAUUCUGUUGAGCCACCAAGCCUGUGGUUUUGCAGUUGCAAAACAACUCCCUAUUUCACAAGGCAGAAAGAAGACAUUUCCCCACCAAGUGACCGGAACUAAGAAAGAGAAACAAAAAGUCCUGAGGGCUUUUCUGCCAGGGUCUGCAGGAUCCUAAGACCAAGUCAUCACAGGGGCCCAGACCUGGGCAUGUGACUAGGACAUUGUGGUUCCAGUUCAACCAUCCCAGCCCUGCAUUUGUGUUUGCAGAAACCAAAGCUGUGGGACAGAAGGUGGGUUGUGACAACGAGGUCAUAUCAGGACCCACAAGAAGCCACCCAGCUGCUCAGUGCCUCCUAGCCAGCGCCUUCCUCUGAAGAAGCCCUGCUGAGUCAAGUACUGAGGGAGCCAAGAGGAAUACAAUGCUGCCUGUGACCCAUGUGUUGGCCUUUGGUGCUUGGCUGGUGGCACAGAGCAAGGCUACACCGAGUGCCCCAACAAUCUCCAUCUUCCUGAAGCCACCUGGGGUGAUCCCACCAGGAGGCUCCACCACCAUCUGCUGCAGCUGCCAGCAUGGCAAUGGGAACUUCAUGCUGUACAAAGAUGGCCACCAGCUCCGUACCCUGGAGCAGAGUGGCAGCAGGGCCGAGUUCUCCAUCUCUAAUGCCACCUACAAGGAUACAGGUACCUACAACUGCCAUUACCUGGAGGGAGGCACUGUGCUGGCUCGCAGCGAUGGCCUGGAUGUCACGGUGACAGGGAUCCGUCUCCCUGGACCCGAUAUCUCUGUCCUGCCUGGGCAUGAGGUGACUGCAGGAACUCAUGUGAUAUUCCGUUGCACCCCCCCACACCGCAGUACUGGCUGUUUUCUGUACCUGGAGGGCCAGAUCCGAGCCCAAGUACUCUCAAGGGAACAAGAUGACUACAACUUCUCCCAUGUGCAGAAAGGUGAGGGGGGCCGCUACAGCUGCCAGUGUUUCACCAAGAAUGCUUCGAUAGAAUGGUCUGCUGUCAGCAAGACCCUGGAUUUGGUGGUGAGAGAUUACACGUUGUGCAACGCAGUGCGCCUGGCGCUGGGGGCCGGGCUACUGGUCCUGCUGGGGCUCAUUACGGCUGAAGCCACGCGAAGCCGCUGCUGCCGGGGCGGGAGGGCCCACCCUCUCCCCGCAGGCAGCGCUCCCCCUGACUGCGACCAGUGCGGGAACACCGGGAUUCCCUUCCCGCCCCUCGCGGUGGGAUAAAUAAACCGUUCCUGUCGCUGUCUCUGUCCCUGCCCCCGUCCCUUGUCCCUGUCUUUGUGCCUGUCCCUGACCGCUCGGGGAUCCCCGCAGGACGGGCGAGGGGCGGGACCCGGCGGAACACGCAGAAGGGCGGGGCUUCGGGAGUGGGCGGGACCCAUGACUGUGGAGGGGCGGGGCUUGUGCGGGGGGCGGGGUCUGCGCUCCCACGCGCAGUGACCAUUCCGGUCCUGCAGUGACCGCUGCACUGACCUCUCCCUCUGCGCUGACCCCUCCGUCUGCACAGUGACCACUCCAUUGACGUCUCCUGCCACACAAUGACCACCCUGGCCACGCAGUGACCGCUCCUGCGCAGUGACCACUCCUGUGGCACAGUGACCACUGCCAUGGUACAGUGACCACUCUCGUGAGCACAGUGACCGCUCUUGUGGCGCAGUGACUGCUCCCAGUGCACAGGCCUCCAUUGCUUACAUUCGUUUAUUAUUUUAAAACACCGACGAAACACAUCACAUCCUCAUCUAUAUAUAUAAAUUUACUUUUGCACCACUAUAAAUUUAUAUAUAUAGGGCCUUUAAAACUCUGUACGCUCAGGACACACAGUUCUAGGAUAGCUGCACUGGCUACAACAAAAGGAUUUUUGUUAUGAAAACACGGAAAAGAGGCGCCAAUAUAAAAAAUGCGGAAAAAAAAAUUAAAA